UGUUUUUGUGGCUCAGACUUGGCAACCCGCUCUGCACAUCCUGACAGUUGAGAUGGGAUAAAGAAGUUCCGGUGAUUUCUACACAGUUAAACGGGAACAGCAAAUAUAUUCGACAAAUACCUGGAAGUUUCAAGUCUGGGAUUUUAUCUGACUUCAGAAAUCGCAUUUAUACUUAGUAUUGUAUCUCAAACUGGUGGACAAUCAGAGGAACCCUACAUGAGUGUUAGCUAGCGUGCUAGCUAUCCACCACAUUAGCUUUAAAUGCACAGCUAGGGCAGAGGAGAGGAGAGGAGUCGAGUAGAGUCACCGCACCCAGAGACAGCCAGGAUGCACCGCUGCUAAAAACAGUCAACCGGAGAGAGCGUUUAUUCACAAUAAAACCGGUUUAAUCAAGUCAGGCGUGUAGUUACUUUACUACAAGUGCAAAAAAAGUUUCUUGUUUCUCCAAAGAAGCCAUGAAACACCAGGGUCAGGAUACUUUGCGGGGAGACAGAUAACAUUAGCUAGUGUUUUAGCUAGCGCGCUAAGUGUCCCGUGUGUGUGUGUGUAACAGUGUAUAGGACACCGUUACUCUCAGUCUAGUGUGUGUGUGAGUGAUUGCAGGUAGUUAUGAGCAACCCUACACUCAUGUACACGUUUGUUUUAAGAGAUGACAACAGCAGCGUAUAUGCUGAAGUCUCCAGGAUCCUCAUCUCUACUGGAAAAUGGAAACGACUGAAAAAGGACAAUCCGAGGUUUAACUUGAUGCUUGGAGAGCGGAACCGCCUUCCCUUUGGGCGCCUAGGCCAUGAACCAGGACUGAUGCAGCUGGUCAACUAUUAUAGAGGAGCAGACAAGCUGUGUCGCAAAGCAUCUCUGGUCAAGUUAAUAAAGACUAGUCCAGAGCUGAAAGACUCCUGUAACUGGUUCCCUGAGUCAUACACUAUUUAUCCAACCAACUUCAACACGCCUGUGGCUCCUGCCACCAAUGGCAUCAGCCACCUGAAGAACAACCCAAAGACGGAUGAGCGUGAGGUCUUUCUUGCCUCCUAUAACACCAAAAAGGAAAACGGGGAGGGAACCGUGUGGAUCGCUAAAUCAUCUGCUGGAGCAAAAGGGGCUGGAAUCUUGAUAUCUCAGGAUGCAAACCAGUUGCUGGAGUUCAUUGAUAAUCAAGGACAAGUUCAUGUCAUUCAGAAGUAUCUGGAGCGACCCCUGCUGUUGGAACCGGGUCAUCGCAAAUUUGAUAUAAGGAGCUGGGUGCUCGUGGACCAUCAGUACAACAUCUACCUGUACCGUGAGGGAGUGCUGAGGACGUCCUCAGAGCCGUAUAACAGCUCAGACCUGCAGGACAUGACCAGCCACCUGACCAAUCACUGCAUCCAGAAGGAGCACUCGCAGAACUACGGCCGCUAUGAGGAGGGCAAUGAGAUGUUCUUCGACGAGUUCAGACACUACCUGCUGAACGUUCACGACGUUUCCAUGGAGACCUCCAUCUUACCUCAGAUCAAGCAGAUAAUAAGGAGCUGCCUUGUGUGUAUUGAACCAGCGAUCAGCACUAAGCACCUGUCCUACCAGAGCUUCCAGCUUUUCGGUUUCGACUUUAUGCUGGACGAGAGCUUUAAAGUGUGGCUGAUUGAGAUCAACGGAGCACCUGCGUGUGCACAGAAGCUCUACCCGGAGCUGUGCCAAGGCAUCGUGGACGUAGCCAUUUCCACCGUUUUCUCACUAAAUGCCGACGCCCUGUCCUCCCCACCGUUCUCCACUUCUCCUUCUCUCUCCUCCAGCUCCUGCUCUUCACCUAAACUCCGAGCACCACAACACUUUGGCCCAUUCAUCAAACUGUAAGCAAGAUACUUAAUGAAAAGGUCGUGUUCUGACCUCGUGCCUCUGAGAUCCACAGUAAAGCUGUAAACCCCUGAUUUGUGCUCAGCAUGUAAACCCAGCUGUCACCAGAAAAGGUCAUCUGGUCUUCUACUUUCACUCCUGAAUGUUUCCUAUAUUUAGCUUUAAAGGAAACCUAUUAAAUGUAUUUUAGUAAAUAGCAACACCAUACUGUGUUUAUGAUUUUUGUGUCCGUUUUCUAUUUUUGUAAUGUUUUGUGCAUGGUCUGUGUGAUGGCUAUGUUGGUCAUGUCAAAUAAAAUGAGUUGGGGUUUU